UGUCUGUUGAAGGGAAAGGAAGCGUUUUAGAAGAACAUGAUUCUAAUAUACCUACUGAAACAUAUUACGGAACUGUUGCUUUGUUGAAGCUUGAAUCCAAUGUAGAGAAGACACAUUUGUCAGAUGGAGAAUGUUUUUCGAAUGAUCUCAUCUGUACACAACUAAUAAGUGGAAAAGAAAACAGUACACUGUUUAGAAAUCAACACUCAAAUAAAAGCAAAGUUCUUACCGAAACAAAUAAAAACAAUAUUUCUUCUUAUGAAAAUGAGGAUUGCAGUGAAACGGUUAACAAUGAAAUUGAAAAAUGUGAAAUUAAGAAAAAUGUAGGUAUUGUAGAAAGAAGUAAACUUGGAGAGUUUGACCAGAAAGUAAAUGGUCAUGAAACAAGUAGAAAACAUGGUGACUCACUAUGUAUCAAAAAAGAAAUGUGUGGAAUUAAAAUGCAUGUGAAAGACGGUCAUACAGAAUUAAAAAGUUUUCAUUCCAUAAAAAAAGACAAUGAAAAAUGGACUGAUUACUGCUAUGUUAUUGGAAACAAAGGAAGAGAAAGCAGUGAGGUAGCUACUUUCGAAGACGAUCAAACCAGAACUUUUAUUAGCAGUUGUAAUUUAGAUGAAAAAAUAAAGCUUAAAGAAUCAUGUAAAGGCAUAGGAAAUUGUGAUGAAGUUUCUGUUUCAGUCGAAAAAUAUGAUGAGAAAGAUUUUGAUAACUCAAAGGAAAAUAUCAGUGCCAAGUGUGACGAAAAUAAAGAAAAUGUAAAUGAAGAAUCAGAUGAAAAUCAAGGAAAAGUAGAUGAAAAAUCUGAUAAAGAUAAAGAAAACGUCAUCGAAGAUUCCAACGAAUUUAAAAAUAAUGUUAAUGAGUACUGUGCUGAAGAACAGCAAAAUAGAAUUGAGGUAUCUGAUGAAAAUCAAGAGGAAGUAAAUGAAGAAUCUGACACAAAAAAAGAAAACGUCAUUGAAGCUUCUAAUGAUUAUAGAAACAGGGUAAAUGAAGAUUCUCUUGAAGAACAAGAAAACGAAAUAGAAAAAUCAGAUGAAUAUCAAGGGAAAGAAAUUGAAGAAUCUGACACAAAUAAAGAAAACGUUGUUGAAGACUCUUAUGAUUAUAGAAACAAGGUAAAUGAAUAUUCUCUUGAAGAACAAGAAAAUAAAGUAAAAAAAUCAAAUGAAAAUCAAGGAAAAGAAAUUGAAGAAUCUGAUAAAAAUAAUGAAAGUAUUAUUGAAGACUGUAACAAAAAUAAAAAUAACGAUAAUGAAUACUCUGUUGAAGAAGAAGAAAAUGUUAAUGAAGAAUCUGACGAAGAUCAAGAAAAUUAUCUCGAAAAAUUUGGAGAUCAAAUUCGAGCUCAUGGACCAAUGAAAACAUUAUUUAAAACACAUGCUAAGAAACCUUAUCCCAUGAAAUGUGAAUCACAUAAUUCGCAUACAUUCCCCCCCAGUAUCACAUCACAAAGCAUUGAACGUUAUUCUUCGUCUAGUGAGAAUCUGCUAGAUGAUUACUCAAAUGCUUCUUACAGCGACAGUGGUUACACGUCUUCUCCAUCAACAAGUCACAGUUUUGAUGAUUUAGAAGAAAACGCAGAUGAAAAAAUUGUGAAUGACGAACUGUCGGAAGCGCACGAUGAAAUUGCUAACUUUUUACAAUCCAUUGAAACAUCGGAGUUAUUAAAUUUAGUUGAAAAUACAUUUGAAGAACGUUUUCUUCAGAAUUAUUCAACAAAAUAUGCCUCUUACGAAGAUAAUUUAAGAGAGCGAAACAUAGUUGUGAACGAAAUAUUAGAAAAUAUAUUUGACGAUGAAACUUCGAUGAAAUAUUUUCCUAAACAAAGCACACUAGAGUGUCGGAUUCGUGAAAAUGGCCAUUUAUCUUUCAACAAUGAUUCAUAUAAUGAAAGUUUGCUGGAAAUGUUUGGCAAUGAAGCUAUACUACAAACAGUAGAAGCCAAUGUUAAUUCCCGCGCAAGUUUACUUCCCAAUGAAAUUAAUUUUAACCUUCCUGAAAACCACUCAUUUACAACUAUUUCACCUACAACUACCUUACCUAUAACUCAGACUGAAAAUUACAGUUCUCAAGAAUUACCCGUAGGAUCAGUUACUUCGGGCAUUGAAAGUCUAAGCAUUAACAACAUAGCUACCACGAACUCGAGGUGUCCUCCAAAUAUCAAUGAAUGUUCUUCAAGAAGUUUACCACAUUCUAUAUUACAAACAGUAGAAGCCAAAGUUAAUUCCCGCGCAAAUUUACUCCCGAAACAAAGUAAUUUUAACCUUCCUGAAGCCCACUCAUUUACAACUAUUUCACCUACAACUACUAUACCUAUAAUUCAGAUUCAAAAUUGCAAUUUCCAAGAAUUACCCGUUGGACCAAUUACUUUGGGCAAUGAAAAUCUAAGCGUUAACAACAUAGAUACCACGAACCCGAGGUGUCUUCCAAAUAACAAUGAAUCUUCUUCAAGAAGUUUAUCAAAUAAUUUGGAAACAACUGUACAAAACGCACAAAAUGAAAAUUUUUGUGACUCUGCAAAUUCAAACUGCACAUCAAAAAAGUCAAAGAAAAUUAAAAAGAAGAAAAAUCCGUCAACAAAUACGUCUUCUAAGCAAGAAAGCUCACGGGUGCCAUUAAAAUGCAAAGACACGAAUGGAUUCUCAAAACAAAUACUUCGCAGCAUUCUACACAAUGAGAGACUUCUUUUGUCGCUACGGAAAAAUUAUAAAAGAAUACAAGAAACAAAAGAUGAUAUUAUUUACGUAACGAAACAUCGAGAUUCAGAAGGACAGCCUUUAAAUCUAACAAAUCUUCACAUUGCAGUCAUGAACUCAGAUUUGGAAGAAAUUUACGCAAUUGUGGAAAUGCAUAAGCAAUAUAAGAAGCCAUUUGCAGACAUUAACCGGAAGGAUAACAUUUUCGAAAAGGUAAGACGGAAGUUUUAUCAUCGAUAA